AUGGAGCGACUUCAUGUGCUCGCUCUAGGAGGUCGCUCUGAGAGCGAUUCUCGCGUAUCCGACGCCAUAAACGCGAGCGAUCUCGCUGUGUCGCUCCGGUCACGUCGCUCCCAGCUGGAGCGACCUUAUGGUGUCGCUGCGAGUUGUUCUGGAAUGUUGAUAAUCCUCUUCGAUUCCAGCGCAAUUUCCAGUUCUCUGCAGAUGUCAAUACCCUACUCUCCUUCAAGCAUGAGAGGCUUCGAAGUUUCUGUCAAACGAUUUGAUGAUGAUCAUCCUCCGGCGGCAUCAGAUGAUGACAAUGAUGAUGACAGUGAUGAUGCAGAUUGCGAUGAUGAUGAUGGGUCGGAUCCUCAUGAAAUGCUGGAACAAAUUGAGAAAGGUUUAAAGAGAAAGCAUGUAGGAUCCUCUGAAAUAGAUCAUCAAGAGUCAGUCAUGGGUGAGGCUUCUGAUGCUCCUUUUACUCCUCGGGUGCUUGGUGAUUUCUCCUCGAAAGAACAGUUCUAG